AUGUAUAAAUAUUUAGCAAACUGCAGUAUAAUGCACCGAAAUGCUGCAGUUUUAACAAUUUUGUGCGUACUCUUGUGUCUUACUUUCAACUACACAUUCCCGCUGCAUAGAGAAGGUUUGAACUGGUCCAUGGAAGGAUACAGUAACCAUUCGCGGAUCUGCGGCAGAACGAAUCGCCAUGAAAAUAUUUUAGAACGAAGCAAAAAGAUGGCUAGCAACAUAGAAAAUGCCUUUAAAAGAUUUAAAGAUUCGACGCAAGACAUUUCCAGAAACAUCCAAGCACAUUUGAAUACUGCUGUAAAGAAUUCUCUCAGUGAAGAAGAUCUUCGUCAAUACGAACAGCUUGUUAUAAUGAAGAAGUAUCCCUAUUUAGAUCUUAAGGAGAUAGAAUCAAAGUUUAGUAGCCCCUCUGAGAAAAAUACAAGGCAGAGUGUUAAGUAUGAUUCAGGAACGAAUUACCACGGCGACCCUAGUUUUUGUGAACCUUUAGACGACGCGCCAAAUGUAGAAAUAACUAACAGAGGUCUAACUGGAUUCGCUAUACCUGCCAAAAUAGUUAAAACAUCUAAAUUGCUGGAAACUAAAUUAAAGCUUAACAAUAUUAAGAGCAUUGAUGGCGGUGCCGCUAAGCAAAACGCAAAACUGACAUCAACUCCAGUUCCUCGUCCUUCAGAAAGUCUUCGUGAUGAUAUUAUGUAUUAUGAAGAAAAUAAUUUACAAUAAACUUUUCUAACAUAUCUUUGGCAA